GUUUCAGGGUCCGCCGCAACCAGGCCAACAAUAUAAAUUCUCAAUCGGCGAGCUCUGCGAUCGUAUCAAGGAGGAUUUCAACUUUCUUCAGACGCAAUAUCACAGUAUUAAAUUGGAGCUAGAGAAACUCGCCCAGGAGAAGACUGAGAUGCAGCGUCACUACGUUAUGUAUUACGAGAUGUCCUACGGGCUGAACGUGGAAAUGCAUAAACAGACAGAGAUAGCGAAGAGGUUAAACGCCAUAAUUGCUCAGAUCCUGCCAUUUCUCUCGCAGGAACACCAACAACAAGUCGCUACUGCUGUUGACAGAGCCAAACAAGUGACCAUGACCGAGCUCAACGCCAUUAUCGGGCAACAAAGGCCAGACCUGCCGAGGCUUCUUCAGCAGGUGCACGCCCAGCAACUACCACCUGGCGCAGCGAUGGGCCCGCAUCCAGGCAUACCUGGCCUUCCCGGGCUUGGUCCUGGAGCCGGCCUUCCCGUUCCUACGUCAGCCUCCGCAGCACUUCUCGGAUUAGGCAUACCGCCGGGUGCCGCGGCAACCGCUGGCGGCACAGCAGCUCAUCCCCUUUCAAUGUUGACCAAACCGGACAUCCAUCGUCAGGCGGACGAUUUGAAGCACAAUGGAGGUCUUAAUCCGGCCGAGGAGAGGCAUAGAAGUUCGAUAUCGCCCGCGGAACGCGAGAAGUAUAGCAGGCCUCGAUCGACCGACCCCCAACACCACGACCACCUUCCAUUGAAGAAGAUGAAGAAAGAACAGGACAAGGAUAUAGGCCAUAGCGACCAGGACUUGGUGGUGGACGAUGCCAGCGAGGGGCCAACGAGCCCCACCGCGAAUGGGACAGCGUCGCCGAGAGAGAACGGCCUCGACAAACUCGGCCCGUCCUCGGUCCCUUUGAGCAGCCAGGUGAAGAAAGAAGUCCCGCCACCAUCGCCGAGAAGCGGCACAAGCAGCAACGCGAGCACACCCUCGGCUAAGAAGAUGGAAGAACGAGAGAAACCAACUACGCCGAUCUCGAAACCCGUCACGCCCACAUCGGCUGGUGGUAGCAGCUCCGGGUCCGGUGGUCUGAAACCAUCGAGUUCCAGCAAACCGCUGGUCUCGGCUUCGGCGGUCGGCCCUUAUCCGCCGCACUAUCCGCCGCCACAUCAUCCACCCGCAGGACCUCAUGUGGACGUGCUGGGUUACCCCCCAGCCCUGAAUGGAUAUCCCGCAAGACCGCCUCUUCAGCAACUCUACGAUCCUCACGGAAGCAUGAGGGCCCCUCUCGGGCCUCUCGGUGUACCCGGUGGCAAACCCGCGUACAGUUUCCACGUGUCGAGCGAGGGCCAGAUGCAGCCGGUUCCAUUCCCUCACGACGCUCUAAUUGGACAAGGAAUACCGCGUCAUGCACGGCAGAUAAAUACCCUGACACACGGGGAGGUGGUGUGCGCGGUGACGAUCUCGAAUCCGACUAAAUACGUUUACACCGGUGGCAAAGGAUGCGUCAAGGUCUGGGACAUCAAUCAGGGCGGGAGCGGUAGCGCGAAACACGUAUCGCAGCUUGAUUGCUUGCAACGGGACAACUACAUCAGAUCGGUGAAACUAUUACCAGAUGGGAGAACCUUAAUCGUAGGCGGUGAAGCGAGCAACCUCAGUAUCUGGGAUUUGGCGAGUCCAACGCCAAGGAUCAAAGCGGAAUUGACUUCGAACGCGCCAGCUUGUUACGCUUUGGCCAUCUCCCCCGACUCGAAAGUCUGCUUCAGCUGUUGCAGCGACGGGAACAUCGCCGUCUGGGACAUACAGAAUCAAUCUCUGCUCAGACAGUUCCAAGGUCACACGGACGGCGCCUCGUGCAUCGACAUCUCGGCAGACGGGUCGAAAUUGUGGACCGGUGGAUUGGACAACACGGUCCGCUCGUGGGAUCUAAGGGAGGGAAGACAAUUACAACAGCACGACUUCACCUCUCAGAUAUUCUCGCUCGGCUACUGCCCGACUGGCGAGUGGCUGGCAGUGGGAAUGGAGAAUUCGAACGUCGAGGUGUUGCACGCCACGAAACCGGACAAAUAUCAGCUUCAUUUGCACGAGUCUUGUGUACUCUCGUUACGUUUCGCUACCUGCGGAAAAUGGUUCGUCUCGACGGGCAAGGACAAUUUGUUGAACGCGUGGCGCACGCCAUACGGUGCCUCGAUAUUCCAGUCGAAGGAAUCUUCGUCGGUACUCAGUUGCGAUAUUUCUACAGACGACAAGUAUAUUGUGACUGGAUCAGGUGAUAAGAAAGCUACAGUGUACGAAGUGAUAUACUGAACAGUUACAUGAUCGAUGCGACAUUGGAAGACACUGGAACAUCGUCGAGUGUACUACGCUUUUACAUUAGUUCGUAUGAGA